UGCUUCCGGGAUUUCCCUCCCAGUUUCCUGCUGACAGUGAGCACAGCACCGGGUCAACACCGACUGGAGCACAUUAUCCGGGGGUUCUCGUAAGCCCUGAAAAUGCAGACCUCGGAUAAUCCUCACCGGCUCCUUGGCCAAAUCCGCUGUGUAUUGGAAUGUAUUGACUGCUUCCGACGCGCGCAUCCUCUGCCUGACGCCUUGUGUUACGUCCCCGGAGAAGUACAAUACAAGGUUUGCAAGGACCCAAGCAGCUCGUCUUCUGCCCGGUGCUUGCUGACAGUCUGGGAGGCUCCUGGAUUCGCUAAGCAGAACCUUAAGAAGCUGUCACGAGGCACCGUCGAAGUCCGCAAAGGAAGCUGUGUACGAGCCACAGGCGAGGAAUACUGCAAUGCCAAUGGGUUAUGGGUGAAACUAAGCAAGGAGCAGAUGGAGGAAUUCAGGAGUAGCUGUGACAUGGCAGAGGGCUGGGUCCUGCUCUGCCGGCUGGAUGAAGGGGGUGACAGGCUGGUACCUGUGGAGUCUACAGAUAAAACGACCAGGCAGCAGCAGAUUUUUGGAAUGAAUUACCGGCCCAUGAGCAGGUGGGAGGACGUUGUGGACAUAGUUUAUUCCAAGCAUUUAGGUGAGAAACCCCGAAUCACCGCUCCGGAUGAGGAAGCCGUGCAGAAACUGAGAUACCUGCCUGCCUCCUGGUCCUAUGAAUGUGAUGAAGAUUUAGUCCAUUUCCUGUUUGAUCACAUGGGGAAGGAGGAUGAGACCCUUGGAAACAUGAAGCAGUUUGUGGAGAGUAUCAAUGUUUCAUCGUCCACGGAUGAAAACAAUGUGGCGUGUCUGACAGAUGGAUUCCACGAAACAUUCUGGGAAAGUGAUGGAUCCCAUGGGCAGCAUUGGAUCCAGCUCCUUAUGAAGGAAGGCACCAUCGUUAAGAAGCUGCUGAUUACUGUUGAUUCUACGGAUGAAAACUACAUGCCUAAACGAGUUGUGGUUUACGGUGGUGAAAGGGACACCCUAAAGAAGAUCAGUGACGUUACCAUAGAUGAUAAUGUAAUAGGAGAUGUUUGCGUCUUGGAAGACAUGACCGGUCAUCUGCCAGUCGUAGAGAUUCGAAUUAUGGAGUGCUUCGAUGAAGGUAUCGAUGUGCGGAUCCGGGGAAUAAAAAUAAAAUCUUCAAAGGAAAGAGAUUUGGGACUCACUGCCGACAUGUUUCAACCUACCAACCUGGUACGAUACCCACGACUGGAGGCCACUGAUCCCGAUAUCCUUUAUCGUAGGGCUGUUAUAAUACAGAGGUUUGUGAAGCUCCUGGAUAGCGUUUUGCAUCAUCUUGUUCCUGCCUGGGAUCACAGCAUUGGUACAUUUAACCGGCUGAAGUAUAUCAAACAGUUUCUCCUGCUGUCCAAGCGCCGCUCUCCGUUAAUUACACAAUGCUUGAAGGACUCUGAAACCAGUAAACCCAACUUCAUGCCGAGACUGUACAUCAACCGCCGGCUGGCCGUGGAGCACCGCGACAAUCCCCUGCUGGACCCCACUUAUAAGAAGACAGUGUUUAGCCAGGUUUAUGAAGGUCUGAAACCCACCGAUAAAUCAGAGAAGCCCUUGGAUUACAGGUGGCCUGUACGCUACGACCAGUGGUGGGAGUGUAAAUUUAUUGCUGAAGGCAUAAUUGAUCAAGGGGGAGGAUUCCGUGACAGUCUGGCUGAUAUAUCAGAGGAGCUGUGUCCGAGCUCAGCAGAUACCCCCAUGCCACUACCAUUCUUUGUCCGCACUUCAAACCAGGGUAACAGCACGGGCGAAGCUCGAGACAUGUAUGUUCCCAAUCCAUCCUGUAAGGACGUGGCAAAGUAUGAGUGGAUUGGGCAGCUAAUGGGCGCAGCACUGAGAGGGAAGGAAUUCCUGGUUCUUGCGUUACCCGGCUUUGUGUGGAAGCAGCUCACCGGAGAAGAAAUCAGCUGGAGCAAGGACUUCCUCGCUGUUGACUCUCUUUUAGUGAAACUCUUGGAGAUGAUGGAGAUGAUGGACAAGGAGACAUUUGAGUUUAAGUUCGGAGAGGAGCUGAGCUACACAACGGUGCUGAGCGAUCAGAGAAUGGUGGAGCUUAUCCCAGGGGGCAGCAAUAUCUGUGUGCGCUAUGAGGACCGGGUGGAGUUCAUUCAGAUGGUACAGAGAGCGAGGCUGGAGGAGAGUAAAGACCAGAUUGGGGCCAUCAGGGCAGGACUUCUGAAGGUGGUACCUCAGGCAGUGUUGGAUCUUCUCACCUGGCAGGAACUGGAGAAGAGAGUUUGCGGAGACCCAGAAAUAUCUGUGGAGGCCCUGAAAAAACUAACCAGGUUUGAAGAUUUGGAGGCGACGGACAUUCGGGUUCAGUAUUUCUGGGAAGCCCUGAACAGCUUUACAAAUGAGGAUCGUAGUCGAUUCCUGAGGUUUGUAACUGGGAGAAGUCGUCUCCCUGCUCCAAUCUACAUCUAUCCGGACAAAUCUGGAUCUGAUACUACCGACUCCUUACCGGAGUCCUCUACCUGUUCCAGCACUUUGUAUCUACCCCAAUACCCCAGUGCCAAGGUUUGCGAGGAGAAGUUGCGCUACGCUGCGUACAACUGCGUUGCCAUAGAUACAGACAUGAGUCCUUGGGAGGAAUGAGCGAAUCAGAUCAUCGGUUAUCCUUACCCAGCUCUGUUGCAGGAGCUUGGCAGCACUGCGUCCCAUCAGAUCCUGGAACUUGAGAGCAGUUACAGAAAUAUUUACAUGCAUCCCAAAAGAACAUUUUGUGUUAUUGCGUGCAUGUAUCUUUACAUCGUAAUGUUUACCAUAUCAAUGUCCCUGCGGUGCAAUGUGUGAUAAUAGUAUCUACAGCUCAUAUAACUGGGUUGAAAUAUGUGAUCUCAAUGGGACUUCCACUGAGUAACAAAAUGUUGUGUUCAUUGCUUGAACAGAUUUUGGCUCAUUACAAGUUCUAUAAAACAAUAUUCUAAAUGA